GCCGUGGGCACGAAGGGAAAUUCCAUUUUCGUAAAAACAGCUUCUCCUGCUUAAAUUCCUUAGUCCCGGCCUUUCUAUAAUUCUAUUCUGUCCUCCUCAGCCUCCUACCACCACCAGAAGGUCAAUUCCAUGGAUGAUGGUCCUGGCAAAAUAAACUUCAUUCCUGAUUACUUCCAAGUUCCAGCAUCAGUUGCAAAAUCCCCUGAGAACAGAACACCAUCGAUUAUUGAACCUAGAACCAAUAAACAUUUGAGGUCCCGGCAGCAUCUGUGGGGUCAGAGAACAAUGAGGGCUGCUUCUAUGUUGAGAUUGUUUAGUCUGCGUGGGCUGCCAUGGCUUGGUAAUGGGGGUCAGGAAAAGGUUGAGCUAACAGCUGCAGAAGUAGAGUCACUCCGAUCAGAACUUGCCGAUAUGGAAGAGAGAGAAGCUCAAUUGAAAGCUCAGUUGGAAAAUAUCGAUGAAAUUUUGCGGUCAUCUCGUCUUUCUGGAUAUUUGUACAUUCGAAGUAGGUGGGCAACACUACCAGGAGAACCUCCACCUAUAGAUGACACAGACAUAGAUGAUUGGCUUCCUCGCUUCAUUGUUCUCCAUGGUGCAUGUCUGUAUUUAUAUAUGUUGUGUACAGAUCUAAGUCCAUUGGACUCCACGCUUCUGUCUGAUAUUGUUGAAGUAGGCGCUUUACCCAGUUUCAAGUGUGAAGAUGAUGAAAUGCGAUAUGCCUUUUAUAUUUUAACUCGUCAUGGAUUACGUUAUGAGUGUUCAAGCAAUUCUAAGAUAAAGGUAGACGCAUGGUUAUCAGCUUUACAAGCUGAGUGCAAAUUGGAUUCCGAAAAGAUGACUUCUCAACUAUUCAGAUCCGCUUCCAGAGCCACCAGGUCCCUUCUCUCUGCUUCCAAGGCCUCUCGUUUCCACUCUGGCGCCGCUGCUGUAGUUUCGUUGAGGAGUAAAGCGCCGUGUUUGGUUUCAAGUUAUGGAAAAAGCGGUUCUGGCAGUGCAUCUGCUUCCUGGAUUUCAGGAGCUCUUGCUCUCCCCGCCGCAGCUUACAUGCUCCAAGAUCAGGAGGUUCAUGCUGCUGAGUUUGAACGCACUUUCAUUGCCAUUAAGCCUGAUGGAGUGCAGAGAGGCCUGAUUUCAGAGAUUAUAUCUCGUUUCGAGCGCAAAGGCUACAAGCUUGUGGGGAUCAAAGUGUUGGUUCCUUCAAAGGAAUUUGCCAAGAAGCACUAUCAUGAUCUCAGUGAAAGACCCUUCUUCAAUGAGCUCUGUGACUUCCUAAGCUCUGGCCCUGUUAUUGCAAUGGUUUGGGAAGGAGAAGGAGUAAUAACUUAUGGCCGAAAACUAAUUGGAGCCACUGAUCCGCAGAAAUCUGCACCUGGAACUAUUAGAGGUGAUCUGGCUGUUAAUGUUGGAAGAAAUAUCAUCCAUGGAAGUGAUGGUCCAGAAACUGCUAAGGAUGAGAUUAAGUUGUGGUUUAAGCCAGAGGAGUUGGUUAGCUUUACCAGCAAUGCCGAAAAGUGGAUUUAUGGUUCCAACUGAAAUUUUCUUUUUUUUUUUUCUUUUCUUUUUAAUCCCUCACUCUUGGUAUUCCAAGAACUUUGGCAUAAAGAAUGAGUACUGGGUAGGACAGUAUAAUUUUUAGAUAGAAUAAAUUAUUUGUCUGAGAUUAGAGCAAAUGACAACAACGACUCUCUAUAGAGGCCAUAGAUAUGCGGAAUUGAGAAUAGUAGAGUUGGUACUUAAUACCGAUGUAUUUAAUUCUUAUGUUAUUUCA